AUGUCCCCGCUUCCAGCAGAGGCAGCACGCGCGGAAGGCCCCCAAAAGCAUAACCUUCAAGAGAGUUUAACGGAAGCGAAGGGGGCGUGCAUGCGGCGCUGCCCCCUUGGCCUCUCCCUCGCUCUCGUCCGCCACUUCCACUCAUUGCUGCGUCCGCCGCUUCCACUCAUUGCUGCGUCCGACCUACUGCGCACUUGCACGACGAGCUGCACCCUUCGCGUUGCUGAUCGAGGGCCGGCAAGCGCGAGACGUGCGAGCAUCACCCUGGCGUCGCCAGGCCCAUCUUCCGUCGACAUUCAUGACGGAAAAAUGCGCAUUUCGACGUCAAUCGCGCCGAGGCCCGCGCGGGAAUUCCUCGCCGAGCACUGCGACCUGAAGGACGUCGAAAGAGGGGCACGGGCGGCGCGACGGCGCGAAGCGCCGUCACAAACGCUCAGGCUCAUUCACAUGGCAUUCUGCGCGCGCUUUCAGAUGCAAGGCUUUUGCAUUUUGACGCGAAAUGCGCCGAGGGCCGCGCGGGAGUCUCUAGCAGAACGCCGCGAGCUCAGCAACGCGGGGAGGGAGCACGGACGCGGCGGCGGCGCGGAGCGCCGCCUUCUACGCUCUGUGUAA